AUGGCACGUCACAGUAUUGUCCUUGGAUUAUUCAUGAUGACUGUUUUAUCACUGUUGGAUGGAAGUUCAGCUUUCCUGUUAAAUCAGCGUCUGAAGGGAAGAUUUCAAAGAGACCGUAGAAACAUCCGUCCAAACAUCAUCCUUGUUCUUACUGAUGAUCAGGAUGUAGAACUUGGUUCCAUGCAAGUGAUGAAUAAAACAAGACGGAUCAUGGAACACGGAGGGGCUCAUUUCAUCAAUGCCUUUGUGACAACACCCAUGUGCUGCCCAUCUCGUUCCUCUAUCCUUACAGGGAAGUAUGUCCACAACCACAACACUUACACUAACAAUGAGAACUGUUCUUCUCCGUCCUGGCAGGCUCAGCAUGAAAUCCGCACCUUUGCAGUGUACCUCAACAACACAGGGUACAGGACAGCUUUCUUUGGAAAGUAUCUUAAUGAAUACAAUGGCUCCUAUGUGCCUCCUGGUUGGAAAGAAUGGGUUGGAUUGCUUAAAAACUCUCGAUUUUACAACUACACACUCUGUAGAAAUGGAGUGAAGGAGAAGCAUGGAUAUGACUACUCCAGGGAUUAUCUAACUGAUCUGAUCACCAAUGACAGUAUUACAUUCUUCAGAAUGUCAAAGAAGAUGUAUCCUCACAGGCCUGUACUGAUGGUUAUAAGCCAUGCAGCUCCCCACGGCCCUGAAGAUUCAGCUCCUCAGUACUCACAUCUUUUUCCUAAUGCCUCACAACACAUCACUCCCAGUUACAACUAUGCUCCCAACCCAGACAAGCACUGGAUAAUGAGGUACACGGGUCCCAUGAAACCUAUCCACAUGGAGUUCACUAACAUGCUGCAGAGAAAGCGCCUGCAAACGCUCAUGUCUGUGGAUGACUCUAUGGAGAUGAUUUACAAUACAUUGGUUGAAACAGGUGAACUGGACAACACCUAUAUAAUAUACACAGCAGACCAUGGCUAUCAUAUUGGACAGUUUGGGCUGGUGAAAGGAAAGUCCAUGCCAUAUGAGUUUGAUAUCAGAGUUCCUUUUUAUGUCCGAGGUCCAAACGUGGAAGCUGGGUCCUUGAAUCCUCACAUUGUGCUGAAUAUUGAUCUCGCACCUACAAUUCUAGAUAUUGCUGGAUUGGAUAUUCCAUCUGAUAUGGAUGGCAAAUCCAUCCUGAAGCUUCUGGAUUCUGAAAGACCAGUGAAUAGAUUCCAUUUAAAGAAAAAGAUGAAGGUGUGGAGAGACUCAUUCCUAGUGGAAAGAGGUAAACUGCUGCAUAAGAGGGAGAAUGAGAAGGUAGAUGCCCAAGAAGAAAACUUUCUACCCAAAUACCAGCGUGUGAAAGACCUCUGUCAGCGAGCUGAGUAUCAAACAGCUUGUGAACAGCUUGGCCAGAAAUGGCAGUGUGUGGAAGAUGCCAGUGGAAAGCUCAAGCUACACAAGUGCAAAGGAAUGGCAAACUUGGAAGCUGCAGGCAACAGCAAAGGCAGCUCCAAUAUCUUGCCCAAGUAUUACAGCAGGAAUAGUGAAGACUGCAAUUGUGAAGAGAAUGAGUACAAGCUGAGCCACGUGGGACGGAGAAAGAAACUCUUCUCCAAGAAAAAAUACAAACCAAGCUAUGUCCGGAAUCGCUCGAUCCGUUCCGUGUCGGUGGAGCUGGAUGGAGCCAUUUAUAACUUGGGGUUAGAGGAUGGCUACCAACCUGUCCUACCAAGGAACAUCACCAAGCGGCACAAGAUGCAGAGGGCUCUCCUUCGUGAGGAGGAGGACAAGGACAUGGGGGAAUACAGCGGCACUGGUGGCAUCGCAGAGUAUGCAGCCCCCAACCUGAUAAAAGUGACUCACAGGAGGUGCUACAUCCUGGAGAAUGACACCGUUCAGUGUGACACAGACCUGUACAGGUCACUGCAAGCUUGGAAGGACCAUAAACUCCAUAUUGACCAUGAGAUUGAAACUUUGCAAAAUAAAAUAAAGAACCUAAGGGAGGUGAGAGGUCAUCUGAAGAAGAAGCGCCCUGAAGAGUGUGACUGUAACAAAAUAAGUUACCAUUCCAAGCACAAAAGCAAGCUGAGGCACAAGGGAUCAAGUCUUCAUCCAUUCAAGAAAGCCUUACAGGAGAAGGACAGGCUGUGGCUGCUCCGAGAGCAGAGACGGAAGAAGAAACUGCGCAAGCUGCUGAAGAGAAUCAAAAACAAUGACACAUGCAGCAUGCCUGGCCUGACCUGCUUCACCCACGACAACCAGCACUGGCAAACAGCUCCCCUCUGGACACUGGGCCCUUUCUGUGCCUGUACCAGUGCCAACAACAACACAUACUGGUGUCUGAGGACAAUCAACGAGACCCACAACUUCCUGUUCUGUGAAUUUGCUACAGGGUUUCUGGAGUAUUUUGAUCUCAAUACUGAUCCAUAUCAGCUGAUUAAUGCAGUGAAUACGCUGGACAGAGACAUUCUCAAUCAACUCCAUGUCCAGCUCAUGGAACUAAGGAGCUGCAAAGGCCACAAACAAUGCAAUCCCAGAACUAGGAACAUGGAUCUGGGACUUAAAGAUGGAAGCUACGAGCAGUACAGGCAGUUUCAGCGUCGAAAGUGGCCAGAUGUGAAGAGACCAUCAUCUGCCAAGUCACUAGGACAGCUGUGGGAAGGCUGGGAGGGCUAA